CGAUUUACAGAUGUGUGUUUUCUUAUAUUAAAGGGUAUCAUCAUUCAAGAAAUGAAAUGAAAAAAGGAUGUUUUCAUGGAACAAAAGCAAUGCAACAACUACCGAAUCGGUGUCGCCAAAAACAACAGCGACAAAUAAGAAAAAAGAAGAGAAAAAGGAGAGAUUUUUGGGACGAUUAUCUUAUAAACUUGAUUACGACUUCGACAAGAACUCACUAACGGUGACUGUCAUCCAAGCAGAUGGAUUACCAGCAAUGGAUCUUGGCGGCACCUCCGAUCCAUAUGUUAAGCUAUUUCUUUUACCGGACAAAAAGAAGAAAUAUCAAACCAAAGUGCAGAAGAAGUCGCUUAAUCCUGUUUUCAAUGAAAAUUUCAUGUUCAAGAUACCAUACAACGAAAUCAGCAGUCAAACGCUAGUUAUGAGUGUUUUUGAUUUUGAUAGAUUUGGUAAACAUGGUCAGAUAGGCGAAAUUUCAAUACCUCUUGGAAAGGUAGACUUAGCGACUACCAUUGAGAGGUGCGACUUGAUUCAAACUCCACCGGAAAAUAGGUUAGGUGAAGUAUGUCUAGCACUUCGUUAUGUUCCAAAUAAGAAUAAAUUAACGGUUGUUGUAAUGGAGUGUAAGAAUUUGAAAAAAAUGGACGUCCUUGGCUUAUCAGAUCCAUACGUUAAAAUUUAUUUGAUGAUGCAAAAAAAACGGUUAGAAAAAAAGAAAACGACAAUUAAGAUGAAAACAUUAAAUCCAUAUUAUAAUGAGUCAUUCAGUUUUGAUGUCAAUCCAGAAAAAAUGCAGCGGGUACAUUUGCAAGUGACGGUUUCGGAUUACGAUCGUGUUGGUUCCAAUGAACGUAUCGGUCACGUUAUCAUUGGCAACAAUGCUAAUGGUGUGGCACUGAAACAAUGGCAGGAUGUCCUUGCAACUCCACGUCGAUCCGUCGCCCAAUGGCAUAUGCUGAUGCCAUUCAAUGAUGAUUAG